AUGGACCAAGCCUCGCAACCUUCCAAAAAGAGGCGACUCAUGCCCAAGGAGCCGUCGUCGGUAUCACACUCCCAGGCCGCAUCCUUCCCUAAUACAAACGAAUCGCCUGCUCCGCCUCCAUCUUCCCAGCAGCCGUCGUACCCCGCUCAAGACGCGGACCUCACAGAACGUCAUGACUUCGAGUCUUUUGCGAGGCAUCUUCAGGAUGCUGCCAUGCUUAUCCAACGCCAGACCGAGCGGCCGCCCUACAAUAAUGUCUCCGUCCUGUUGUUGCGAUGGGAGGAGGAUACCUCGGUAGAGACGGACCUUGUGGCACUGGAAAACAUUCUGCGUGACCGUUACAACUUCCGUACAGACCGUUGGAACAUUCCUACUGUGCCCAAUCCCAGCAUCAAGCUCGGUGUGCAGAUGGCUUCGUUUCUGGAUCUCGCCCGCCCGAACCACCUCCUCAUCAUCUAUUACGCUGGCUAUGGUUACGUUGGGCCCGAUAAUCAGCUGUACUGGGCUUGCAACGAACGCGAAGACGCUGCCAAGCUCAAGUGGGAUGGCGUACGCUGUCUAUUCGAAGAUGCCCAGUCAGACAUCCUCCUACUCCUAGACACCUGUUCAGCCCGUGAGAUGCCUUUGUCAGGGAGCCACGGCGUGAAGCAAGUCAUCGCAGCUUGUACCGCCGAGCACAACCCGCGCGAGUCGACCGGACAUUCCUUCACUCACGCCCUCAUCGAAGCCCUGCACAAGCUCGGCACUGGCAGACCCUUCAGUGUCCAGCGCUUGUACGACGAGGUCCUACUGCUGAGGCAGCAGGAGAUCGCGCAACCCACGCAGCUGGCUACUGAUGACGCCAGGAAAGCCUCAAACCCGUCCAGCAGCCACACUCCCGUCUUUUUCACCCUGACACCAGGCAAAGGGCAGAGUUUGAGCUUAGCUCCCCUCCCGAAUCUUACGCCCCAGCUGCACUCCCCGCGAAACGGUACAGACUCCGAUACAUCGCCGAAAAAAGCCCUCCGGGAAGACCAGCUCAUCGACCCAGAAUCCGUGGCUGACCUGCGCUUGGACGAAUCUCGGGUUCUCGUAUGCACCACCUUCGUAGGAGAUGCCAGUCCGGAUAUGUCGUCCUUCAACGGCUGGCUGCACAACACACCGCCCCUGGGUGCCAAAAUAGUAGUCGAGGGCAUGUUUCUUGGCCCGCCCACCAUGCUUCUGAUCUCCAUGCCGCAUUCCAUUUGGAGCAUCGUGCAGCACGAUAAGGUCUGCUGCUUCCUUGGAUAUAUCAGCUCGCACAACAUGAUUCACGUCUACCAGAAACUUGUGGGAUCUGUCGGUGUCAAUAAAGCCUCAGCGAAGGACGUUCAGGAUGGUCGGAUUCUUUUGGAGGCCAGGGAAGUCGCCGCUAGCACUUCUUCCAUCCAGCGACGUUCGUUGGAUACGAAGGACCCCGCCAUCCAGGACGGGGCGAGCCGUCUGGACACCAUUGCGUCGGGGACCCCACGGCCCCCGUCUUCCGGAGUAGUUCCGCGUGCCGGUGAGGGGAAGCACGAGGUCGAGGAUUCUGCCGAGAUGCAAGAAGCAGCGGAGCAACUCAAGGCGCUCAGCCACGUCCGGCAUCUGAGCGACGAAGCGGUUCCGGCGGUGGAACGACAGCAGAGAACCACACUCCCCGACGGUGCCGUUCAUACAAAGCGCGAGGACACGUCUUCGUCCCAUGAAGCUAACGAGUCGGGAGCGGAUGACUCGCUUCAUAUAGCGGAGAUGACCACGCCAAACUCACGGCCGAAACAACAACGACGAUCGCUGCAGAAGACGACCCAGAAACAGGAAACGCGCUGCACCUUCUGCAGCCACGAGCCGUUCAAGGACUCUUCUUCGCUGCGGAAACACAUCGCUGCAGCUCACACCCGACCGUUCCCCUGCGCCUUUUCCUUCGCGGGCUGUACGAGCACAUUCGGCUCCAAGAACGAGUGGAAGCGCCACAUCGCGUCCCAGCAUCUCUGUCUGCAGUACUACCGGUGCUCGUCAUGCUCGUCGAGCACGGCGGAGGGCAAGGGCAACGAGUUCAACCGGAAGGAUCUCUUCACCCAGCACCUCCGCCGCAUGCAUGCUCCGUUUGCCAUCAAGAAGGCCCUUUCCAAGGUUGACCCUAAACUGCAGGUCGAGUGGGAUAACCACGUGAAGGAGAUGCAACAGUCGUGCCUGGUUACCCGCCGACUGCCUCCCCAGAGGUCGGCCUGUCCGAAACCGGAAUGCCAGAGCAUAUUUGAGGGGCCCGGGUCGUGGGAUGAAUGGACAGAGCAUGUCGGGAGGCACAUGGAGAAGGGCGAGGGCCAACAGCUCGGCGUUGACCACCUCCUGGCCAAAUGGGCCCUCGACGAAGGCGUCAUUGAACGCAGGGAGGAUGGGGAAUACCGUCUUUGCCUAAGCAACGGCGCCAUCGGGAACGGCGGCGGGACCGGGACCGGAAGCAGCGCUGGAAGAGGUGCGGAUGUCCAAGACACAAACACAGCGUCCUAUUCGGCCGUCAAGACCGAUCCCAGCUCUGUUGUUGAAGCCUCUGUUCCCACUGGGGACAAGAUGGAAGUGGAUGACUGA